GAACCCUGCACCGUUCUAGCGGAAGUAUUAACUAGCUGUUUCGUAAAAGUCAGCAUAAUUCGCAUUUUACUUCGUCCUCCACCGCGCAUCGAGUGUCGCUUUGAAUAUUUGUGUCAUGCACAUCGAACAGUUUCAAGUAAGCCUUGGAUGCUGACCGUCCCAGUUCCAAAAUGCAGUCGAACGUCCACAGUGGAUUGGGAGACCUGGAAGCGCAGGCAGUCAAUAAAGAGAGAGAGUGGAAGGAACUCCAGGCUAGAAGGAUUCAUCUACUAGAAGAUUCUCUUGAAAAGGCUAACAAGGAGUGCUUGUGUCUCAGACACCAGAAUCAAAGGCUGAAGAUGGACUUUCAGUACAACCUGGAUAUCCUGGAUGAACGAGACAGAGAGCUGGAUAGAUACGAUAUCAUCACUUCCAAGGCCGUAACUGCGGAGCAAAACAGGCAGGAGGAGUUGAGUCAGCUCCGUAUUCAGGUUGCCAUGCUGGAGGAGAGGCAAGCCAAAGACGCUGAGGCGAGACAGGAGGAGCAGCUUAUUAGCCAGAACAAAGCUGCUCAACACAAGCUGCAGCUGGAGGAGCUCAGACACUCGAUGACAGGCAAAAUUCAAAAACAAAUGGAGGAACACGAGAGGGUUAAAUUGGAGUUGCAGCACAGAAUACAAGAGCAAGAAGGAGAAAUGAUGCGGCUGAGACAGGUGACGACAACAGCCAUGGAAAAAAAGUUAAAAGAGCACGAACAUGAAUUCAACUUGAAGCGAGAUGAGAUGCAGGCAAUGUUGCUUUCUAGGGACCUCAAGAUAAAGCUUCUGUCGAAAGAGACGGAAAUACAGAGCCAAGCUAAACUGGAAGCAAACGAAGUGCUCAAAGCAUCUGAUGAGUUCUUAAAGCAGUUACAGACCGAGUUGCAACAAAAGGACCAGCUGAUGGAUGAUAUUACCAACGUCAAAGAUGUCAGAAUAAAGCAGCUUGAGGACAAGUUGAAACAGAUGGCAAAAAAGCUGAAAAAGAAGGAAGGUGAUCACAUGAAAAAAAAUAAGGACAUGAUCCAGACUUUGAAGGAGAAGGAGAAGCAGUUGAUGGCUUGCUGUGAAGCCCACAAAAAGCACCUACAGAAAGCUGAAGAACGCAUUGUCAAACUACAGGAUGACAUCACGGUUACAUCUGCUCAGACUCACUCGGCACAGAGAGACUUGCAGAUGGCCUUAGCUGACAAAGAUGAUACAAUAAAAAGGCUUCGUGUGGAAAUGGAUACGAGUCAGACUGCCUGGGAGAGUUACAUGAGUCAGGCUUCCAGCGAGAUGGUCGCCAAGGAUGCAGAGUUGAUAGGCCUGCGGGAAAGCAAUCACAAACUCAAGGCAGAACUGGAAAGGAGCAGGGAGGAGAUAAAGAGAUACAAACAGGAUGUGAGUGCAGGUUUAAAGAGAGAGGCGGACUUGCAGCAGUCGCGAGUGCAGGUAGAGCUUGAGUGGCAGAGGCGCUAUGAAGAUGCCAAGGUUAAACACUACCUUGAUAAUGAGCAGCUUAUUCAAGACUUGACCCACGCCAGAGACCAGGCAAAGGCGGAGCUCAAUGAGAAGGAAAAAGAACUACGAGGCCUUACUGUCUCGAUUCCUUCUGUCAAAAAAGGGGAAGACAAUGGAGUACAGGGCCUCAUGCCAAGGACGGAUGUUCAAACAUCUGAGGAGAUACGUUCCCUAAUGGAGCAAAACAACAUGUUGCGAGCUGUGGUUAGCCAGAUGAGAAAAAAUAUGGAAGAUCUCAGUGAUCUCCAACAACAUUCUCAGCCCAUGUUUCAGAACUACUCCACUGAUGCUAUGAAACCCCGCGAAGCCCCCGCUGCUACUUCAAUCACCUCCGCAACUGAACCUCUUGCCAAGCAUUCUGACAUCUCUGCCAACACCACCCCAGCAGAUGUAUCAGACCACACUGAGGCUCAUUGCAGACGACUUGAGAGGAAGCUGCAAGGUGCUUCCGGGCUCUUGAACCAAGUUCCUGCUAAGUCCUCGGUCCACACAUCUUUAGGCAAACCGCAUAACCAUGACAAUGGAUCUAAGACAGGUCACUGUUUGGAGAAGCACGCAGACAACACGUUUUUGAGGAAACAGGUGGUGAGGGGGCUACAUGCAAACGUCACCGAUCAGACUGCUCUGGUACAACACCUGCAACAUGAAAAUCCCUACCUGUGGCGGCGGCAGCAACAACUCACCUCAUCUUUGACGGUUGGCGCUGCAUCUCCAAGGAACAAUGCCGAGCUGCGUGCCAGGCUGAAACAGGCAGUUUGUCACAUUCUCCAACUAAGCCAGGAGAAGCAACAGCUUAUACAGAUGGGCAACUGCCUGCGUGCCCACAUUACCACUGCAGAGCGACAGGGUACAGUAAGAAGCUUGCAUUCAGAUUCAACUAAAGAAAACAGAGAUUGUGUUAUGGUGGAACAAGGACGUCAACAUGACCGACUUUCUGCUCUGGAGGAACUACAGUACAAGCUCACCACACAGGAGCUUCAGUAUGCAGUAAGACAGAUGGCUUGCGGGGCUUUUGACGGCAGAGGGCCUCCCAUAAAAGGAGAUGACGAUGAUAGAUCCAGAGGGCACAACAUCCCUGAUGAGUCUGAGACAUCUAAAAUGUCAGAUCUAAGUUCUUCGGUCAACCAACUACAGAACUCGUUGGAGGUGAAGAUGCAGUCCAGUUCAGACGACUCUCUACCAUCGUUGAAAGCAAUUUGGGAAAUACUGGACCAUGGACUCAGUUCAUCCAUACACUCAGAGGGUGAAAGUGAGCUGAACAGGAUCAGGGCAACUAAGCCCAGCAGUGUUGGAGUGAUGGUUUCAGGUACUAGUGCUCCCAUCCACAGACAUCGCCCAACCGAGUUCCAGCAGAAGAGGAAACCUUACAAAGCAGCGUUUAACCCAGCAGAGAACACUAUACAUGAAGCCCCUGAUAAAAUUAGUAGGAUCAGGAACUAUAAUGUUAAAGACUGACAAACAUUUAAAAUCGUUAUGGUAAUAGUGUGACCUGUGCCAUUGAUGGUUUGAUGUGAAUUCCGUUCAGCUUGUGCUGUGCACCAGCACAACUGGCUAUAAUAUAACCUACAGAACACGGUGCUGCCACCACCAUGAUUAGUGUCUUUUAGGUUUGAAACGGUGACGCACAAAUAGAUCAAUCUUUUUCUUUUCUGACCAUGAACAUUCUACCCACAAAGCAUCUGGCUUGUACAUGCGGGCAGCUGCACAUUUCAGUAGAGCUUGAAAGUGUCGAUUGCAAAGCAGUUACUAAGUUCUUGAUCCAUCACUCUCUCAGUCCGCGGUAAAACCGUAGUAUAAUUGUUUACUUUGAACUUUCUUAUUGGUGUUCCAGCAGUUUCCAUUUCACGGCAGGCUUUAGUUUUGACAAAUCCUUUGUUCUUAGGGUAUCGCAUUUCCUUUUACCUGAGAGUGACCUUGGCACAUCCAAAUAACUUAUGUAUUAUUGUUUAACUGAUGAACGUUGAAUCUGCAGUUGUUAAGAAUAAUGUUUCAAAGAAAAAAAUGUGAUACUAGCAAAAACAGAUUUGUUUUGGUUAAACUUGGGCAAUCUCGUUUACAACAUCAGUCAUAAAAGAAACAUAUUUGGAGAGUAACAUUUGACUGAAAAGACGAUUUUGUGUUCAACCUACAUCACAGCAGUCUUAAGGCACUUAAGGCAAAGACACUCCUACACAAACACUUACACUACAAUUGUGGUUUUAGGCAAGCAAUUACUAAAAUAUUAAUUUUGAAAUUAACCUUUUUAGAUUUCACUGAGUCUUUUGGACUUUCACAUUGUUCUGAGUUGAGUUCUGGUCCAUUGAAUCCAACAAAUCCCUUUAAACUACCAAAGUCUAGACCAUCAGCUACAGUCAAUCAUGACCCUUUACAAGGAAUCAGUCGAGCUUGCUCCUAUCAAGUUAAAAGACAUCAUGGAAACCCAGGCAUCGCUUAUUCAAAUUUGGUGUAUUCAAUGUGUAUUUCUGACACUUUGUAAAUUACAAAAAAACAAAAUAAACUUAGUUUUGCACUUAAUUCUUGUUUUUAAAAAUGAUUGUAAAUUAUGCUUUAAUAUACAGUAAUUUAAGAACCGUUCAAAUAAAUCAUGAAGGGAUAUUGACUGCAUUAUAGGUCUGACUGGACCUGUAUGGAGUUAGACAUAUGUGGACAAGGAUUCAAGGGAAAAAGAAGCAGUUGCUAUGGGUCAAGCACAAGGAUCCUUGCUGAGUUCACAUAUCAGCAGCAUGGCAUGGCCUGUUGUUUUGGAGACACUGAUGUGUGUUUUGACAUGUCUAAUCCCUUGUAAAGAAUAAUAUAUCUGAUUCUAAUCGCAAGUUUAAGAUACUUUCAAUAGUUAAAGAAUAAUACAAAGGUAAAAUUCUUGAAAAGGAGGAACUAGCCUUCCAUCCAUUUUCUACCGCUUAUUCCCUUUUGGCGCCUAUAUCAGCUACAAUCGGGCGGAAGGCGGUGUACACCCUGGACAAGUCGCUACCUCCUCGCAGGGCCGGAACUAGAAUUGGAUAGCAAUAUUUCUAAAUUAUAAUCAUUUUAAUUAGCUACACAUCCCUUUGACAAAAAUCUCUUAUUGAUCUUAGGAACCACUCAAGCGUCUCCCUCUUCAUCACUUAUUUUUCCUUGGACUGGCGCCCACCUUUGUGAACACUUUUUGACCAUGGACUCUUUAUCCUAUUAAACUUACUGGCUCUUUUGGUAUAAAGAGAAUGAAGAAUUCUUCAUCAGAACUAACUUUUGGCAGAAGCUUGCUCUUGUGGAGGCAUCCGCUCGUGAUGCUUACGUACGUAAUCAACAAUGUUUUUUGCGGGAGUGAGACCAACGCUGUAAAAUUAACCUGUGACCUGUUUAAAGAAACCCUCGUGAAAUCUUCCAAAAGACCCGACCUUUGACUGUUCAACAAUAUAAUACGGAUGAAGUCUGGAACUUAUCCUAGCUCUUCUACUUUCUCCUCCCAAUAAUAUACAGUUAUAAAAGUAAAUAAUUUCUUUUUACCUUGUAUUACUUUUUAUGUCUUAGGUUUCGAGUUUUAAUUGCUACAUUGUAUGUCCUUCAUGUGUUUUGACUGUGGAAAUGACUUAACUUUCAAUUUAGGUAUGAAAUCACCGACUUAGACUAAAAUUCGACCAUAGGAAUGUCACUCAUUUGUAACCCAAGAAUUAGUCACCAUGUAUGAGUAACGCAGGUGUUGCAUUGAUAAAUAGCCGAAAAAUACAAUUAUGGUAUUUGUAUAUUUGCUUUUUUUCAUAAAUGGUACCUCAAUUUAAGAUUGCCUCAACUUAAGCGUGUUUUGAGAUAACAAAUGUCACAGUGAAUCCUGUAAGAUUUGCCCAAAACAGCUGGGGCCUCAUGCACACAGAGUUGCAUGGCUUUCCUACUAAAAAUGGAGGUACGAUCAAAUCAGAAAACGGCAUACACAAGCAAAAAUCAGGACGUAUUAAAGCAGGGGUGUCAAACGUACGGCCCGCGGGCCUGAACAGGUUUAAUACCACCCUAAACCCCACAAGAUGAGUUUGCGAAGUAUAAAAAUGAGCUGCAAUUUUUUAAUAAAAGAAACUGCUGUUCUAAAUGUGUCCGUUGGAUGUUGUAAUAGCAAUUCAAGUGUAACCCACGUCACACCUGACACUGUAUAAAGAUGACCUGUUAGCUGACUUUGGGUGUCCUCUUGAUUGGCUGCUGCAACUCCAAUCAGUGCAGGUGCAAGCAAUCAGCUGUUCCUGUUGUGGCUGGCAGCAGACUGAUGCAGUAUUGACGGACAAAGCCUGCUUUUAUUGUAAAUGAUCUACUGAACGGAUAAAAUACUGAAACGAAAAGAUGCAAAGCCUUAAGUCAGUGCUUCUCAAAUAUUUUAUGAUAGCGCAGGUGCAAGCAAUCAGCUGCUCCCGUUGUAGCUGGCAGCAGAUGUAGGCAGACUGAUGUACUAUUGACGCACAAUACCUUCUCUUCUAAAUUAUCCGCUCAACGGAUAAAAUAACAAAACAGUAAGAAGCAAAGACUUAAGUCAGUGCUUCUCCAAUUUUUUAUGAUACCCCCUGCGGAAAAAAAGAAGAUGUUUUGCGCCCUCCUACUCUCCACUGUGACUAUAAAUAGUAUAUUUUGUCCAUAAGAUUGUUAUAUCUAUACCUCUUUAUAACAUUGUAAGCUUAUCAAAAUAAAAGGAAACAACACAUCGGUCUUUCCUCGUCUUCCACCUUGGUUGGGAAGCCAAGUGCUACAUUUGCGUCAACAUAUUCUGGUACGGGAAAAAAAAUCAUGUUCCGCGAGGUCACAUGCGCCGCCAUGGCAUCGUUCCAUGCCCCCCUUCCCUCCCAUUGGGGCCCGCUCCUCUAUUUAAGAAGGACUGACUUAAGUCAACAUGGCAUCUUCUUUGAAGUCCGAGAUCCGUGCUGCGGUCGCAAUUGGUUGAUGGCGCAAAGCAAACCCUGAAAUCCAUUGUAAAAAUGUGUGUUUCUACAUUUGUUGUUUGUUUCUUUUUUCUUUUUUCGCUUUAACAAUUAUUUGUAAUGUGUACAAUAUCAGAAUCUGUUUGUUCUAUUGUUGGCCCAAGAAAAACAAAGCAAAGAAUCUGAAGUUGUCUUUAUUUUAAAGUUAUUAUGCCAUGAUUUACCAGACUGGGGAAUAGGUUUUCCCCCAUGCGGCCCCUGAGCUAAAACCACUUUGACUCCCCUGUAUUAAAGCGUUCGCACGCACAAAUCCAUGCAAAUUUCUUUGUUACAUCGCAAUCUAUCUUAACAGACUGCAGACGUGUGUGUGGCUUGGCACACCCAGGCCACACCCCCCUAUAAAUACACAAAUCAUAUUGAAAAUAGCCAUUUGACUGAGAAUAUAGCCUCCGGCACCCUCCGCGACCCCAAAAGGGACAAGCAGUAGAAAUGGAUGGAUGGAUGGCACGCGCUGUCCAAAGAGGACUCAGUGGGAGGUGCGACUUUCUCCUGAGACGGAAAGCAGAACACAGGCAAACAUCCAUAUGAUACACACAACUUUAAAAGGGUGGAUGACUGUGAUUCCCCACUGUGAAAAUACUUUUUCCAUCCAUCCAUUUUCUACCGCUUGUCCCUUUUUGGGGUAGCGGGAGGUUGCUGGAGCCUAUCUCAGCUGCUUUUGGGCGAAAGGCAAUGUACACCUGGACAGGGCUGGAAAUACUUUUUUAUCUAACUUAAAAAAAACUGUGUUCAGACAGGAUGCCUGCUGGUUUUGUGAAAAUUAUUUUUCGUUUAGACAUGCCAGGGCUAUAAAAACGGUUACGAAAAACUUGUUUGAUUACUCAGUAAGGACAUGUUUUUUAAUAUUAACACUAUAUAUAUAUACAUACAGUACAUUUUUCAACCAUAGCAAGAAAGAAAGUGAGUGUCAAGAACAAUGCUUUGAAGAAUGAAUUGAAGAAUUAAAGAAAUAAAUCAUCAAAAAUGUGACAGUGUGUCGCCAACUUGGAGAAGCAAUUUGAGCACAUUGAAGCACAACGCCUCACUAGUUGUUUGAUCAAUAUUCUAUUGUGUUGUUUUCAAACAACAUUUCUUGUCUAAAAGUUGUUUUUCAUUUGAAAGCUAUGUUAGAUGUUAAGUGUGGCGUCAAUUUAAAUUGAUUUCAAGUGCUUUCAAUGUAACAUUGAUUUGAGCUAACCAAUUUGAGGUAGAAUUUGUAUUUUGUCUCAAAACUAAAACUAACCCUAACUCUAGGCUAAACAACAUUUUCGAAAUGUUUUUUUGAUAACAUUGGAAAUGGUUUCAUCUGAAUUAAAAAUUUGCACACUUCCUCGUUUGAGCCCACUUAGGAUGGGAUAGAAUAGGUCUUUAUUGUCAUUGCACAAGUACAACGAAACUUUGUUUUCAGCACAAACCUGUUCAAGAUUAGACAAACAAACAGUGUACAGGGUUACAGAACAAGAACGCUGAUGGGUCGCCAUAAGGCGCCCCGUAAAAGAUGGGAAAAAGGUCAACGCUGGGGAAAGAUGAGUAAAAUAAUACAAUCUAGACUGGGCUCCUAAGGGGGCCCAGUCUGGAGUGGGAAAAAACCUUCAUAGCAAAGCACAUAUACAUAUUACAACAUACAUCUCGAGAUAUCCGGCAACAGAAGGAAGGUAGUUCAAGGUCAUGGUGGUAGGCCGCAGCUCUCAGGCGCUGGCCAUCCAUUCAUCACCCCUAUGGGAUUUACGUCGAGGGCGUUGGGGUGGGGGCAACGGGCUGUAUGUGUGGUGUAUAUUUUUUUGUGUGUGUGUGUGUGUGUGUGUGUGUGUGUGUUUAAGCCUGCAGUGUGUCUCUGUUCCACGGCCUUGACGUAUUAUGCAGUCGCUAGUCCAGAGUCAACAACAACAGGUGUGUGAGUUUGUUGUGUCUUCACCACACCGUCCUUCGGGAGAGUCUCGAAGCCAGGGAAACAAUCCAAGUUAGAAUGAUUUGUAUGCAAGUGAAAAUAAAAUUUGCUUUUCACUCUAAAUUGUCUAUGACUGGUCCUCAAAUCUGCGGGGUAGAAAGUCCGAUGUAAUCCACAGUUCUUCCCGCAUCCUCCAAUCAUUUGUGGCAGCUUUAGGGUACUUUGAAAAAUGCCAGCAACUUCCAAUUUGUCGACAAACCAGAGCAAUGCUUACUUCAAUCAGCAAAUGUCCUGUUGUCAUAAUUCCAAAUAGGUGGAUAUCUUCACGUUCUUGACAGAAAAGGGUCGCCAGGCAAGCGGCCCUCCUUCUUCUCCCAAGAGUCCGUCGUGUGUCCAGCAACAACCGCUUCGUCAUGACAGCAGGUUCCCCCAAACCCAAGAUCUUGUCAAUUUUGUUGAGGCCAGUUAAAGAGUUCCAAUGUUUAGAUUUGGA